AUGGGGGCUACAAAUAAAUGCCAGAGAAGUAUAUCGACCGCCGGCGGACCACUUCGGGUGCAGCUGACGGUCAGGGAUGCGCUGAACAGCGCUAUGGAUGAGGAGAUGGAAAGGGAUGAGAGUGUGUUUCUGAUGGGCGAAGAGGUGGCCCAAUACGACGGCGCCUAUAAGAUCAGUCGCGGCCUCUGGAAGAAGUGGGGCGACAAACGGGUGAUCGACACUCCCAUCACUGAAUACGGUUUCGCGGGUAUCGCUGUCGGCGCCGCUAUGGCGGGUCUGCGGCCCAUCUGUGAGUUCAUGACGUUUAACUUCGCGAUGCAAGCGUGCGAUCAUAUCAUCAAUUCCGGGGCCAAGACUUUCUACAUGUCCGCCGGAAACGUAGCGGUUCCCAUCGUAUUCCGCGGGCCGAACGGCGCGGCGGCGGGUGUGGCCGCACAGCACUCGCAGUGUUACGGCGCGUGGUAUUCGCACUGUCCCGGACUCAAAGUGGUCUCUCCCUAUUCGGCCGAAGACUGUCGCGGACUCAUGAAGGCGGCCAUCAGAGACCCGGAUCCGGUGGUCUUCCUCGAGAACGAGCUCAUGUAUGGCAUACCCUUUGAGGUGACCGAUGAGGUCAAGUCCAAGGAUUUCCUCAUACCGUUGGGAAAGGCGAAGAUAGAGAGACCCGGCGAUCGCGUGACACUCGUGUCCCACUCGAAGAGUGUGGGCACGUGUCUGGACGCGGCCAAAGAGUUGUCCGCACAGGGAGUCGAGUGCGAAGUGAUUAAUCUCCGUUCGCUGAGGCCUCUCGACGAAGAGUCCAUCAUUAGAUCCGUUAUGAAGACUAACCAUUUGAUUACUGUUGAGGGCGGUUGGCCUCAGAGCGGUGUCGGCGCCGAGAUAUGCGCCCGUAUUAUCGAGAGUCCAGCGUUUGACUAUUUGGACGCACCGGUAGUUCGUGUGACCGGCGCUGACGUACCGAUGCCUUACACAAAGUCAUUGGAACCGCUGUCACUGCCGCAGCCCUCGGAUGUAGUGCUGGCCGUUAAGAAAGUGCUGAAUAUUCAAUAAUAGUUAAUUAUAGACAUCACUAGUCAUUAAAAACAAUUUAUUAGGCCAUUAAUUAAAUCUCU